AUGGAUGAUACAGAAAGUAUGAAGAGUUUAGUUGGACUUAUACAUAAAGUUGAAACGAAAAGAAAAAAAAGAGAUUGGGAGAAAUAUCGUGAAAUAUCUUCAAAAUUAUAUAAAGAAAUAGAUAUAUCAAUUAAAGAAUAUAAAAAAAAUCAAAAAAUUCUAGAAAAUGAAAUAAUAAAAGAAACUUUAAGUGAAAAUAUGAAAGAAGAUAAUGAAAUUGAGGAAACAAAUAAAAAAUUAAAGAAUUUAUAUAUCCUUUUGCAAAAUAAAUGUAGAGAAUUUGAGAAAAAAAAGCGUAUAUUAAAUAUAAAAAUCCAACAAUCAAAAUCAAAAUUUAAUGAUAUUAUAGAAAAAAUAGAUAAUGAAGAAAGAAUAGAAAUGAAAAGGAUUACAAGGUAUAUAAGAAAUAUAUUAAUUAAUACAAAAAAACAAGCAUAUAUAUUUUCUAAAAAUAGUAUUUCUUAUGAAGAAAGUAAACUUUCUAAUGCUCUCAAAGAAUAUAAUAAAAUUUAA